UGCGCAGGCGAUGCCCAAACGUCCUGGGACACCGAACCGGGCCCGAGCCGCUGGGACCCCCCCGCGGCGACAGCAGCUGCAUGGCCUCGGGGCGGGGGCAGGGAGGCCUCGUUCCCUGCGGGGACCCCCUCGGUGCCCCCCACGGUGCCAGGCGCUGGUGGCCGUGGUGGCUUCUUCUCCUGGCCUGGCUCAGCCUAGGCUGUGGUGUUGGCAUGGCACAGGGCCCAGCCCUGGGGACAUCGAUGCUGGCCCCUGAGCCCCCAGUCCCUGCUCAGUCCCAGGGCACCUGGGGGCCGUGGGCACCGUGGAGCUCCUGCUCCAGCUCCUGCGGGGAUGGCGUUGCCCUGCGUGCCCGGAGGUGCCUGCGGUCUGCAGGGGAGGAGCAGUGCCCAGGUGACCCCCGGCAGUAUCGGCUCUGCCAGCUCCAGGACUGUCCCAGCGGCUCGGUGCCCUUCCGUGCCAUGCAGUGCUCCCUCUACGACAACAAGCCCGUGCUGGGCACAGCCGCUCGCUACCACUGGGUGCCCUUCCACGGAGCCCCCAACGUCUGCGAUCUCAACUGCUUGGCCGCGGGGCACAACUUCUACUACAGCUUCGGGCGGGUGCUGGACGGUACCAGCUGCGGCCCCGGCUCCGCGGACCUCUGCGUCGGUGGGCGCUGCCUGAGCGUGGGCUGCGACGGGAUCCUGGGCUCGGGUGCCCAGCCUGACGCCUGCGGGCAGUGCGGCGGCGGCCACCGCGAGUGCCACUUCGUGCACAGGCUCUUCCAGGGCGCGGAGCCCUCCUCCGGUUAUUUUGGGUACAUGAACGUGACCAAGAUCCCGGCUGGGGCCACCCACGUCAAGGUGACAGACAAGAGCCGCAACUACCUCGCGCUGAUGCGGAGCGAUGGCCGCUACGUGCUCAACGGGGACUGGGCCAUCGCCUGGCCAGGGCCCUACCAAGCGGCUGGCACCCAACUGCUCUACACCCGCACCCCCGACGGCACCGAGACCCUGGAGGUGCCCGGGCCCACGGAUGAGGAUCUGCAGCUGAUGGUCCUGCUGCAGGAACCCAACCCUGGCAUCGAGUACCAGUUCUGGCUGCCCCGCGGGCACACCCAGCGCGGCCGUGCCAGCGCCAGCCCCCUGCGGCAGCCCCAGCCCCGGGGGGCCGGCAGCCCCCCGCCCCCGGAGCCUCCGGUUACCCCAGCCCCGCUGCCGCCGCCGCGGGCUGAGGGCAUCGCCACGGAGCCGCCGCCCAGAAGCCCUCCUGGCCAGAGCGGGGCCAGGGCUGCCGCAGGGCGCUGCGGGCGGUGCCGCCCAGCCAAGGGACGCUCCCAGCGCAUCUGGCACUUCUGCCACAGCGACUUCGGUGGGUGCCAGGGCUGGGAAGGGGGCAUGGAUGGACACCAGGGCACGUACCCAGCUCAGGCUGGCUCCCACCCUCUCCCCUUUAGUCUUCCAGGGCAGGAUCCUGGCACGGCGCUCGGUGGGGCAGGAGACUCGUUACGAGGUGGAGGUGAAAACUCGGUACCGGCAGCGCUCCCCGCUGGUGGCCAGGGAGUACCUGUGGGUGCCCAACACCUGCGGCUGCCCCCCGCUCCGGGAGGGGGGCGAGUACCUGCUGAUGGCCUGGCGCCACGUCAACCACGAGCAGACCCUCAACCGCGUCCUGCUGCGCCCCGACGGCUACGCCCGGCCCUGGACGCCCCGCGAGGAGCGGCUGGUACGGGAGGCGGCACGCAGCUGCCCCCAGCCCCAGCCGCCCUGAGCCCCCUCCCCUGCAGAAGGAGCAGACAGCAGGACCCCCCCCCCGGACACACACACGCCCCCCCCACCCCACGCCAAAGGAGAAUUUAGGGGGCUGGGAAUGCUUCAGCCGCGCACGGAGGGUGUGGAGGGGUCAGCACCCACCAAGCGAGCCCUCCCCCCACGUAUCCUGCCCUGUGCCCCACGCUGGGCAUCUUCGCUGCCCUUGGGGGGCGCUGGGGGGGGGCUGGAGAAAAGUGUUAAUUUAUUUUUCUGCAGAGAAUAAAAGCUGCUUCCCCUCCC